UUUUUUUUUUUCGUUUACCAUUAUUAUUAUCAUAUACAUAUACAUAUAUAUCAUAUAACAAAAUGGCAACAAGAGAGCUAUUGAAAAAGCCAUUCAAUAAAAAACUUAUAGCUUGCUUAUCUCCCUUUAUUCUUCAAUGGCUCCUUCGAACACGAGGUGGAUUUCAUUAUCGUCAAGCUAUUGGUGUAUUGCUGAUAGGCAUUGCUGCUACCUAUGGUGCUGUUGCAUCGAUUAUUUUGACAGCCAUAGGCCGUACUGAUUUAAUCAAUUGGUCUGUUGCACGUUUCAAUGCUUUCUUAAACAGGACCUUCCUUGGGAUAACAGCUACUAUAAAGGGUAAAGAGAAUUUAGCAAAGCCUGGACAACAAGUGGUCUAUGUAUGUAAUCAUCAAUCGAUUAUGGAUAUUAUGUAUCUAGGCGUUGUAUUUCCUAAAUGUACAUCAAUGGUAGCCAAGAAAAGUCUAAAGUAUUAUCCAUUUCUGGGUUGGUUUAUGAUAUUAAGUAGGACAGUUUUUUUAGAUAGGGCUAACCGUGAUAACGCUAUUCAACAAGCUAAACAAGCAGCUAAUGACAUUCUUCAUAAACAAAUAAGCGUCUGGAUCUUCCCUGAAGGUACACGAAAUCCAUCAACAACGCUUUUACCGUUCAAAAAGGGAGCGUUCUAUAUGGCGACACAGGCUAAAGUACCCAUUAUCCCUGUAGUUAUUGAUCAUUAUAGUCACAUUUAUGACUCAAAGAAAAAAGUAUUUAAACAUGGUGAUAUUACAAUUCAAAAAUAGUAGUAUUCAUCAUUUGUUUUUCAUCCUAGUUUUGCCUCCUGUAGAAACAAAAGAUAUACCCGAGAAUUCAGAAGCAAUUGAAAGACUGGCAAAUGAAGUUAGAGAUCAAAUGUCAAAAGUAUUAAUGAAAUAAAUAAAUAUAAAUGUUUAUUAUUAUUAUUAAUUAUUAAAGUCGAGUUGAGGGUAUAGCAGAAAAUAUAAUAGUG